UCAUUUAUUUCUGACACAUGCUGGCAAAAUCAUUAGAGUGUCAACCUCAUAGUGUUUGUUCUGUCUCUAAACUUUCAAGGUUCAAAUCUCAAAUCCGCCUUUCACUCUUCUAGCUUUUAAAAUUGAAGUGUCAAAUUCGUAGAACUUUUAGGAUAUUAGACACAAUGGCUUGUUCUGGCUAUUUAAAUUUGACUGUAACAAUACGGGUACCAAGUUGUAUCAGCCCAUUUUUCGUUGGACAUAGGUGGCAUCAAGAUGGAGACUUGUUGAAUAAGUAAAGGCUAGUCUUCUAGAUUGUGCCCUGGAUAGAAACUUCCCAUGUGCAAAAGUAUACAUAAUCAACCCUGGUUGAUGGAGGCCUGGAAUUAUUGUUAACUCUUUUUCUAACUGUUCCUCACAUUCAUGGAAUUUUUUUGGCCCACACUACACGAAGGGUUGGACAAGAAUUCCGCUCUGAUAUCCCACAGCUAUGUUUCCGUUUUACACUACUGGUGUCAUUAGACUAAGAUGUAGGUAAUUUCUGAGGUGAAUUCGACCAACCAAAAAUCGUUUGUUGUUGCUUAGCCUCAGGUCAUCAUUGAAUCGAGCAGACUUCAAAAUGAUUGCAAAACAAGGAAGACGAGCAGCAAAGUCUUCACAACCAAAUGAAUCACAGGAGGAACCAGUAGUUGAAGUAAAAGCCAGGGUGUCAGGAUGGGUAGAAGAGUCCAACAAAAAUCGUAAAUCAAAGAAUUCUUCAAACAUCCUGGAAGAUGAGUCAGUCCUCAGUACAUGUGAAAGAUUGCGUCCUAAGAACAUCUUAGAAGAAGAUGAAUCUGAUUCUGAUGUGGCUGCCAUUCCAGAGCUAGAAGAUCAACCUGAUGAAGAUCUGAUCCCACAGGUUGCUGAUGCCCCAAUGGUCCAGAUCAGUAAAGUGUUGACCUACCGAGAAUUGGACAAUGACUUGAAGCAGGCUGCAUUUCCUUCGCUGGACGGUGAGGUGGAUUUAAAGAUGUUAACCAGGUGCUUGUUACCAGAAUCAGAUCUGAUUGAGGAAGAUAAACCAUGGAACUGGGAACAACUCUUCACUGAGGUUUCUUCUGAAAUUGCCAAUAUAAAAGAUAAGAACUCUCCUUCACCGAUUACUGAGCUGUUAUAGAGACUCUGCCUGGGCAUCUUGUCUACUUUUCAGUCAAAUUAUCCAAUGUGUGCUUUUUUUCAUUGCCAAACUACAUUUGUAGGAAUUUUUUGGAAAGAAAAUAUCUUUUCAAAUGGAAUACUGUCAAGAAUUUAUAUCAUUAAAAGUAUGCUGGAAAUGCUUGCAUGAGAGAGAGAGAUGGAGAGGGAGUGUGUGUGUGUGUGCAUGUAUGCAUGUGUGUAUACAUGCAGUGUAUUUGUAAGUAAGGGAAUGUCUGCGUUUUUGUGUAUGCAUAUGAGUAUAAACUGUAACCAACUUCAUUAAAGCUGCUGGGAAGCGUUUUUUUGUUAA